CUAUCUUAUCCCAUGUCUUAGCAUGAGAAGUUACUGUUUUAGCAAUGCUUAUGCUUAGUAUUUUAGGUACAAUUUUGCUUAGUUUUUCCACCAAAAACAAAAGAAAAACAAUGUUGUAGUCAAAUCAUGGGUCUACCUACUUAUCUAAGAGAAAAAUUAGAAGCAGAAACUCUACCCUCUCUCUCUUCUUCAGCUUUUUUCAGUAUAUCACUCUGGAAUCUCUCUUUCUAAAAUUUCCAACAAAACCCCAAAUCACUUUCUCUGAUAAACAAAAGGCUCUUUUUUUUCAACCCAUCGCCAUCACAUUCUUCACCACCCAAAUAAUUUCAUCUCUUUUUCUUUCCCUUACACUUACACAAACCCCACUUUAACUUUUUCUUAUUUUCUCCACAAAAACAAAAUGCAAUCAUUCACUUCCAUUCUCGCGUGCUUUAUCUUCUUCUCCUCACUACUUCUACUUCCACCUUUUUCUCUCGCCGGUUUAUUUUCCCAACCGGUAACCGACCGAAACCCACCGGCCGAGUAUCCUUCCUCCAACACAGUCCCCGCAUUUCCGGUUCAAACCCAAGCUCAAAUCUGCCGGCUCGACUUAUCCAACGAACUAUUCGGCGGCGUUAACGCCGCAUGCGGAAAAGACCUAGACCGAAGCCGAUGCUGUCCGGUUCUCGCGGCUUGGCUUUUCGCCGCUCACGCUCGAGCGGCACUUCAACUUUCUCCAAACGCUUCGACGCCGACGUCGAACGGUGAACUUCCGAUGAGACCUGAUGACUCGCAGAAGUGUGUUAACUCGUUGCAGGAAUCGCUUCUGAUCCGUAAUGUUCGAAUCCCUCAACCUAAUGCAACGUGUGACGCGAUUCUUUGCUUCUGUGGAAUUAGGCUUCAUCAAAUAAGUUCGUUAUCGUGCCCUGCCGCGUUUAACGUUUCUGGUAAUCGUAAAUACGCUGCUCCAACUGCUGCUGUUCGUAACUUGGAAAAUAACUGUCGUAAUGCUUCUUAUGCUGGUUGCACCAAAUGCCUUUCUGCCCUACAAAAGGUGAAGAGUUACAAGAACGAGACGAAGAAGGGAGGGAGUGAGAGGCUGAAGAAGAUGUUUAACAUAGACUGUGAACUAAUGGGUCUAACAUGGUUACUAGCAAAGAACAAAACGACAUACAUACCUACCGUUUCAGCUGUUCUUCGUGCAAUGUUGUACAGUGCUCAUCCACAUGAAUCUAAAUGUAGUCCUGAUCAAGAGAACAUGCCAUUAGCCGUUGAUUCACUUCAAUUUGAUAGUGGUCAUGCUUCAUCUUGGCCGUCCAAAUUAUGGGUUACUAUUUUACCUUUAAUCAUGAUGUUUUGUUGUUUUGUUUAAAAAAGGAUGUAACUGUUGAGUUGAAAUUUUUUUUGCUUCUCAAUGUAAUCCUCUCCUUCUCUCUCUUUUUUUGUCCUUUUUUUUUCUCGGGUGGGUUCGUCCUUUUGGCCUGAUUCUUGGAUGUUUCUGUCACGUGAAGAAGUUGAGCUAGUGGACAAAAUCAGCAAUGGAGGAUUUUUUUGUAACAAGAGGUUUUAUAUUUUGGCUCUGUAAAUUACAUAUCAUGUGAAUUCAUGUCUGUUUCUUGCUCAUAUUUUUUUAUUUAUUUAUAUUUUCGAAUCA